AUGCUCGCCAUCUACUUUUUCUUCCUCUUCUUCUUCACGCAUGCUUUCGCCCAAGACAACCGUCGACCGAUAACCUGGGGAUCAGUCGUCUUUACAAGACACGGCGAGACUGCCCCUCUCGGUGCAGUUGGGGCCCAUGCUCUCACUCCCGUUGGAGCUCAGCAGCUCGUAGGUGCAGGCCGCGCGUUUCGUCAGCGCUAUAUUACCCCCCAUAGGAACCCCAACCUGUCUUUUUUCAAUGUUAACGGGCUUUCCCCCGUCUUGAACAAUGAUGAAAUCGAAAUAUCCUCCACGCCAGAGCCUAAUGUGGUGUCAUCCGCCCAGGCUUUCAUGCAAGGCCUUUACCCCCCAACUCCGGAACUCGCCUCCUUUCGUGGCCUUUUGAGUUCUGCAACCGACCCCAACGGUCACUUGAUUGACUAUCCUCUCAACGGUUACCAGUACCCCGUCAUUUCGACUUACCGGGCGGAAGAUCCCAUGUCUGCACAUAUUUCUGGCCACAAGAACUGUCCCCAGCACACCAACGCAGUCCGAGCCUUUGCUGCUUCUAAAGAGUUCCAUGACGUAUUCGAUAGCACCCAAGCCUUCUACUCGAAUAUUUACUCACGCAUACUUUUCGGCGUCUACUCUCGUGACAUGGCCAGUAUCUACCACGCCACUACUGUUUAUGAUUACCUCAACUACCAGUACACCUACAAUUCAACUGCUAGAGACAUUAUUUCUCGCACCGAUGUAGACACAGCUCGUCAGUAUGCCAACCAGUGGGCACACGCAACCUCUAGCGGUGCCGAUGUUCAUUGGUCAAAGGACAGAGUACUUGCUAUUGCAGGUAGAUCCCUAGCUUACACCAUUAUGCGUUCACUUCAACAGAACGAGAGAAGCAAAGGGUCCUUCAAUAAGUUAUCCCUGAUUUUUGGUGGGUAUGAACCCCUAAUGGCCUUCUUGGAAAUCGUUGUCUCAAAACCAUAUCGUGAGGGCUUGAGUGGCCUUCCCAACCACGGUGCAUCUGUUAUGCUUGAACUUUUCAGUAUGGCAGAAGAUGGAGUUGCAGAAUUUCCCACCGAUAUCUCAAAGCUAAUGGUUCGACUUUUGAUCCGCAAUGGCACUGAUGCAUCUGACUUCGAGUCGCAAUUUAAACCAUACCCAAUGUUUGAAACCAACAACAAAGAGACUGCAAUGCCCUACAAAGAAUUUGUCGACCAGAUGGUGUUCAACAUGAAAUCUACUUCCGAAUGGUGCCGCUCCUGCAAUGGCCAGGAAAACUUCUGCUACCAAUACGCAGAACACAAGUCUACCAAGAAAUGCGACUUCACUACCCUUCCCCCUCUGGACACUGGCGCACUCAUUGGCCUCGGUGCAGUUUCGUUUGGGCUUCUGACUCUUGCACUUUCCUGCCUCUUUUGCAUGUGGAGAGGCCAUAGACACCGAAAGAAACUGCGAUGGAAUCAUGUUGACACUGAAAAUAACGCGAGCAUCAUCAACCCAGGAAGCUCUCAUGAUAUCAGGGUGUCAGCUCCAUCAAGCAUUGCUCCUAGCAACGAGAGUAAUGCAAGUAGUUACAACGAGGAUAUCGAGAUGAUCUUGAGCCCUGCCUGUCAACCGGUCAAGAUUGCCGCAACGCAUCAAGAAGCCACUAGAAGCCUUUGCCUAUGCAAGAAGCAGCCAACAAUACCCAUAUAUACCACCUAUAUCACCUAUCUCACCUAUACCACCUGUACCACCUGUACUAUGUUUGUUGAAUUCUCUUCUUUUGAUAUAUAUGGUCAUCAUGUAUUAAGUUAUCUUUUACUUUUUCCUAUUCUUUUAUUCAUUUCUGUAUCGACUUACAACUCUUGUAUAGUAUGUUUUGAUUAUCGCAUAUUAUGUAUUAUCCUCCUCAUCACAGAAAUACACACACCUAAAAGGACAACAAUAAUAUAUCCAGGGAAGAAAAAGACAAACAGUUCCUAUCACUUAUCUUCAUCAUUUAUUGUACUUUUCUCUUAUUCCUUCUCUUUACUUUCGUCUCACUUCUUCUUUCUUUACUAUAUCACAGUGAUUCUUCCUUCCAGUUCUCUUCUGCUGCUCUCUUCUGCCUUCCACCUCACAAAGUUGGCCCUCUCUUAUGGGCAAGAAAACUUCCUCUUCCAAGCCAUCAUCCAGCCUAAGAGAGCUACAGAGAUUCUCAUUCGCCUCUAG